GCAAAAUCUAUUCCAUUGUAAGGUUAUAUUUCCCAGUUAGUGGGUGAAGGACUGGAGACCUCACUGCACUCAUGGCUUUCACAAAUUACAGCAGUCUGAAUCGAGCUCAGCUAACCUUUGAAUAUCUGCAUACAAAUUCAACUACUCAUGAAUUCUUGUUUGGUGCUCUUGCUGAACUGGUUGAUAAUGCAAGAGAUGCGGAUGCCACCAGAAUAGAUAUUUAUGCUGAAAGGCGAGAGGACCUUCGAGGAGGAUUUAUGCUUUGCUUUUUGGAUGAUGGAGCAGGAAUGGAUCCAAGUGAUGCUGCCAGUGUGAUCCAGUUUGGGAAGUCAGCCAAACGAACACCUGAGUCCACCCAGAUUGGGCAAUAUGGGAAUGGGUUAAAAUCGGGCUCAAUGCGCAUUGGGAAGGAUUUUAUACUCUUCACCAAGAAGGAAGACACCAUGACCUGCCUCUUUUUGUCUCGGACCUUUCAUGAGGAGGAAGGCAUUGAUGAAGUGAUAGUCCCAUUGCCCACCUGGAAUGCUCGGACCCGGGAACCUGUCACAGACAACGUGGAGAAGUUUGCCAUUGAGACAGAACUCAUCUACAAGUAUUCUCCCUUCCGCAAUGAAGAGGAAGUUAUGACUCAGUUCAUGAAGAUUCCUGGAGACAGUGGAACACUGGUGAUCAUCUUCAAUCUCAAACUCAUGGAUAAUGGAGAGCCAGAGCUAGACAUAAUCUCAAAUCCAAGAGAUAUCCAGAUGGCAGAGACUUCCCCAGAGGGCACGAAGCCAGAGCGGCGCUCCUUCCGUGCCUAUGCUGCUGUGCUUUAUAUUGAUCCCCGGAUGCGGAUCUUCAUCCAUGGGCACAAGGUGCAGACCAAGAGGCUCUCCUGCUGCCUAUAUAAGCCCAGGAUGUACAAGUACACAUCAAGCCGUUUCAAGACUCGUGCAGAGCAGGAGGUGAAGAAAGCUGAGCAUGUAGCACGGAUUGCUGAGGAGAAGGCACGGGAGGCAGAGAGCAAAGCUCGGACCUUAGAAGUUCGCCUAGGUGGAGACCUCACACGGGACUCCAGGGUGAUGUUGCGUCAGGUCCAGAACACAGCCAUUACCCUGCGCAGAGAAGCUGAUGUCAAGAAGCGGAUCAAGGAGGCCAAGCAGCGAGCACUUAAAGAACCUAAAGAACUGAAUUUUGUUUUUGGGGUCAACAUUGAGCACCGGGACCUGGAUGGCAUGUUCAUCUAUAACUGUAGCCGCCUGAUCAAGAUGUAUGAAAAAGUGGGCCCACAGCUGGAAGGGGGCAUGGCAUGCGGUGGGGUUGUUGGGGUUGUUGAUGUGCCUUACCUGGUCCUGGAACCUACACACAACAAGCAGGACUUUGCUGAUGCUAAGGAGUACCGGCACCUGCUGCGGGCGAUGGGGGAGCACCUGGCACAGUAUUGGAAGGACAUUGCCAUUGCCCAGAGGGGAAUCAUCAAGUUCUGGGAUGAGUUUGGCUACCUCUCUGCCAACUGGAACCAGCCCCCAUCCAGCGAGCUACGUUACAAGCGCCGGAGAGCUAUGGAAAUUCCAACCACCAUCCAGUGUGAUUUGUGUCUGAAGUGGCGAACCCUCCCCUUCCAGCUGAGUUCUGUGGAAAAAGAUUACCCUGACACCUGGGUUUGCUCCAUGAACCCUGAUCCUGAGCAGGACCGAUGUGAGGCUUCUGAACAGAAGCAGAAGGUUCCCCUGGGGACAUUCAGAAAGGACCUGAAGACACAAGAAGAGAAGCAGAAGCAGCUGACAGAGAAAAUUCGCCAGCAGCAGGAAAAACUAGAAGCCCUGCAGAAAACCACACCUAUCCGGUCCCAAGCUGACCUGAAGAAAUUGCCUUUGGAAGUGACCACCAGACCUUCCACUGAGGAACCUACACGUAGACCUCAGCGACCUCGGUCACCUCCUUUACCUGCUGUGAUCAAGAAUGCCCCCAGCAGACCCCCUUCCCUGCAAGCUCCCAGGCCAGCCAGCCAGCCCCGAAAGGCUCCUGUCAUCAGCAGUACCCCAAAGCCUCCUUCCCUGGCAGCUCGGGAGGAGGCCAGUACAUCCAGGCUGCUGCAGCCACCCGAGGCACCCCGAAAGCCUGCUAGCACACUGGUUAAGACUGCGCCCCGACCUACACCUGUGGUGCAGCCACUGUCACCAUCUCUGCUACCCAACUCCAAGAGCCCUCGGGAGGUCCCAGCUCCCAGAGCCAUCAAGACUCCAGUGGUCAAGAAGCCAGAGCCACCCAAUAAACUCUCCCCAACCACUCCUGGUCGGAAGCGGACUCUUGGGGUCUCUGAUGAAGAAGAAGCUGAGGAGGAGGCUGAGAGGAGGAAGGAGAGGUCUAAGCGGGGCAAGUUUGCUGUGAAGGAGGAAAAGAAGGACUUGAAUGAGCUCUCAGACAGUGCCGGGGAAGAGGACCCAGCUGAUCUUAAGAGGGCUCAGAAAGAUAAAGGGUUGCACGUGGAGGUGCGUGUGAACAGGGAGUGGUACACAGGCCGCGUCACAGCUGUGGAGGUGGGCAAACAUGUGGUGCGGUGGAAGGUGAAAUUUGACUACGUGCCCACAGACACCACUCCGAGAGACCGCUGGGUAGAGAAAGGCAGUGAGGAUGUGCGGCUGAUGAAGCCCCCUUCUCCGGAGUACCAGAGCCCCGACACGCAGCAGGAGGGCGGGGAGGAGGAGGAGGAGGAGGAGGAGGAGGUGGUGGUGGCCCAGCAGGCUGUAGCCAUGGCAGAGCCCUCUACUUCUGACUGCAUCCGCAUAGAGCCUGACACCACUGCCCCGAGCACCAACCACGAGACUAUUGACCUGCUUGUCCAGAUCCUCCGGAAUUGUUUACGGUACUUUCUGCCUCCAAGUUUCCCCAUCUCCAAGAAGGAACUUAGUGCUAUGAAUUCAGAUGAGCUAAUAUCAUUUCCUCUGAAAGAGUACUUCAAACAGUAUGAAGUGGGACUCCAGAAUCUGUGCCAUUCCUACCAGAGCCGUGCCGACUCACGGGCCAAGGCUUCCGAGGAGAGCCUGCGCACUUCUGAGAGAAAGCUCCGAGAGACAGAGGAGAAGCUGCAGAAGCUGAGGACCAACAUCGUGGCGCUCCUGCAAAAGGUGCAGGAGGACAUAGACAUCAACACAGAUGAUGAGCUGGAUGCUUACAUCGAGGACCUGAUCACCAAGGGGGACUAAGGGGCUCAGAGACAAAGAUCAGCUCCUCUGCCCUUCAAGGCAGAGUUCGGGGGGUGGGGGUUGUUUUGUUCAUGGGUUGGUGGACUUACCUUGAUUUGACUCAUGAGACAUUUGUGCUUUUGGAGGGAAAAAUACUCUGAUUCUUUGAAUCUUCCUCCCUAAGUUUAUAAAUAUUUAUUUUUUAAAAGAAAUAA